GACUACGAACUCGAUUCUCUGACACUUUCGCAUCGUUUCACCAUCAAUCCUUCUCGAACUUGAGCUGGCGUCGUUUGCUUGCCAUUCCCACGCUGCGUGCGGCCUUUUUCACGGCAGAGGGGACGACGAACCUGGUUAGUGGUGCUUGUGGCAAUUCGCGCCUUCUGUUCCGGAGGAAUCUUCGUCGAGGAAGAGCCUAACACGAGAAGAGAGACUUUCUCCCCAUUUGCUUUCUCUCGUGGGUGAAAGGAAUUCCGUUUCGUUCGUCUGCAGGCCUCGUAUUUUAGGAGCGACAAGGCGUUCCCCUCCGGCUCUGUCCCCUCGCGAACAGUGAAGAACCAACAAUGUCGACCAGCCCCGGACUUGCGUUCGCGAACCUCACCCUCCUCUUGGAUGUGCCUCAGCUUCCGGCGAUUUGGGCGGUCAACGCCUGGAGGGAGCUGAACGGACUCUUCACGGAGAUGAAGACGCUCGCUGGAACCAGUGACUUGCUCUACCCCAGCAACCGUUACAACCCGCAAAACGAAAAAACGAAUCGGAUGGGCCGGCCGAGAAAGUAUAACCACGGUGAGUGCGAAAGUAUGUUUCCGAGGAACACAACAAACCUGUACAAUUCUGGUUGAGACUUUGAGUCUGAGCCCAACAGAGGGAUCUCAAAUCAAGGAGUCUGGCGCAGGUUCGUGACACUUUCACACCAGCGCACCGUGGGCGUUUGGUUUCGUUUUCUCAUGAGACGCGUUUUCCCCUCGUACUUAGUUUUUUAUCCAACACGCUCUUGAUUUCACGUUCUGGUGGGGACGGGCGAAUUCAGCUGGGCAGUGAAAUAGGCAAUGGUUUUUUCCACGCACUGUUUCGUGUAUGUGGUCGACGUGUAUAGAAUGCGGAUCUAAGAACAAAAGGCCGGCUGAGUUUUGUAUUGCUGUGCUUGCUGUUGCUCCGCUCCUCAGACUCCUGGAUGUUCGGUACUCCCUACUGAAGGCCCCUUUUCAGCGGUGCGUUUUCUCCCUUGGGAAGUCAGGUUCACCUCGCCUUUGGCGGCCCGGCCUCCAAUCUCGACUGCCUCGUUUCGGCCUCGAGACUAGACGUCGUAAAUCCUAAGCGGAAAGAUCCUGUUUUUUGGGAGUCCUUUCUGCUUGCUUCUGUCGCCGCGACCUGCCGAUGCAGAGCGUGUCAUCUGCUGCACCCCUGCGGAGUUUCAAAACAGAACUCUAUCUGGAAUUGCCAAGCCUGGCAGGGGAGAGCCCGAGGUGCGGGCAGUGAGUCUGCAAAGAAGGGCAUGAACGGAGGGUUAGUUCUUUUUUCAGAGAAGUGCCACGUUCCCUUUCUUUGGCCUCUCCUUGCCACAGUGUUUGCGUCACUCGUUGUGCAUGACGGUGCUGGACGCUCUGCUAAUAACAGCUAAAAGUUUGGAGUUCAGUACUUACGACAGUACGGUUAUUGCGCCACAUCGGUGAUGUUCUGGGCGUAAACGAUGUGGAGGAGUGGUGUUAUCACUCUGGUGAACAGCGAGAGAAAUCAACAGCUCAGAUGCUAGGAUGAUCGGUUCCACCGUCUUUUGGGGCUGAUUACCUUGCGCACACGCGAAUGUCUUGGUUAAAAGUGGAUUUCAUCAUUCAGCGACACUAAGGUCUUUUCACAUCGGUUAUGUUUUAGGCGUAAAACCACGGGUGGAUGACUGGUAUUCUCUCGUAUGAACAACGAAA